GACAGGAACCGUCAGAACAUGAAGGAAGAAGAAGAAGAAGAAGAUGCGGCUGGCCUCUGAAAUGGAUCACAAAGCUGUUUUCACAGCUUUGGAGAAGGUCUGUGAAGACAACAUCUGUGUGCUGUGUGGACCCUCCGAGUCGCCGUAUGGCACCAUAACCAAGCGCUUGGUCGCAUGUAUGAGGAAGAUCCAGCAGCACGGCCGCGCCCUGGAGCCCGUGGUGGCCAGCUUCGCCGCCGUCUACCAUCACUAUGACUUUGACCCGCAGACACCUGGAAACGGAUACCGAACCCUGGUAAAGGUCUUGCAGUCCUGCCUCGUGCACAUCAUCCAUAAAGGCCGUUACAUCGCCUCCAACUACAGCGGCGCCUUCUUUAGGGCGGAGCACAACGCCACGGAGAUGGAGGCGUACUGCAGCGCCCUCUGCCAGCUGCGAGCCCUGCUCUACCUGGCGCAGCAGCUGAUCCACGACAACGACCACGGUCAGCUGUACACGCAGCAGGACACCGACCUGAGCGACAGAUUCGUGCAGGAGUACAGCUCCAUGCACAAAGCCUGUUUCUACGGACGCUGUCUGGGCUUCCAGUUCUCUCCCGCCCUGCGGCCGUUCCUCCAAACCAUUGUCAUCAGCAUGGUUUCAUACGGAGAGACUUACGGGAAGCAGCAGUCUGGGAUUGGAACAGCCGCCCUGUCGCUCCUCACAUCAGGGAAGUAUGUGAUCGAUCCGGAGCUGCGAGGGGCCGAAUUCGAACGCAUCACUCAGAACCUGGACUUGCACUUUUGGAAAUCCUUCUGGAACGUCACAGAGUCUGACAUUUUAUCAGGAUUUACCCGGAUCGCCUCGAACCCGGUGCAGGUGAACAUCACGCUGACCGUACCUCCGGUCAGCCUGCGUCUCCCUCUGGCCUCGGACCCCAGGCUGUCCACCAGCAUAUCUCCUCCCAUUGCCCACUGGGGCCCCGGGCCCGUCUACAUGAGGCUGAUCUCCUAUGAGCUGCGAGAGGGUCAGGUGAGGAUCAUAAAUAUACGAUCCAUGGGUUUAAAAUGCAAAGGAGAAGAAAUAAACGUCAUCUGA